CCGAGGGUCACCAAGGCCGCUGUGGUUCCUUCAGUCUGCUUUUUGACGCACUUCGGCGAAGCCGCGGCGGCAGCAGUGGGAGGCGCCGCCUUGGCGAGUCGUCAGUUUACAGAAGGAGCACCGACUCGUACAGAGAGAAACGUCGACGGAAACCAUGAAGAAGACUACCAGCAAGCCGAAACAGGAAGGUCAGAACCAAAGGCACGCGCAGCCGCCGCGACAGCCACAGCCCAAUCCGAAGCCGCAGCAGCAGCAGCAGCAGCCCGCAGCGGCAGCGGCGGCGGCGGCAACUACGCCCGCGGCGCCAGCGGCGCUGGCGCAAAAUGAGUCCAGCGAUAGCGCCAGCACUUCGACGUCGAGUUCGUGGAGCAUCACGCUGAACGAGUACGGGACCGGCGCCGUGGACACGACCAGCACGUCGAACAGCACGGCGGCAUUCGAGACCGGAGGGCGCAAGGCUGCGCGUAGCAAGCGCAGGCGCGGCGACACCCCCUACCCUCGUCGCCGGAAGAGGUCUUCUUCCACCGACACCGAAGUCGCAGCAGCGCCGAAGAGCCGCGGCAGCAAGUGCUGGCUGUACUCCGUGGUGGCCAUCGUGCUGACCAUCGCCACAGCCAGCGCCAUCAGCGUGUCGCUGCGCGCCGCCGACGUCGAGACGGACGAGCCGCUCGAGCACGUCCUGGCCAAGCAGGCGACCACCGCGCGGCCGCCGCACUGCAGCUGCGCCAACGGCAGCGCCACGAACGCGGCCAAUCCCGGCGCCACACCGCGCGUUCGCCGCCGCCGCCGCCUCACCACCUCCGAACCGCGGCCGCGGACGUCGACCGAGAGGCCGGACGGGGGCGCAGCCGGCGCGCCGGACAAGCCGGCGGCAGCGGGCGGCGGCAACGCCAGCGCCGUCGAACGCCCGGACGGCAAGGAUGCCGUGCCGGACGACGGCGCGGCGCGGGAGGUCAACCGCAAGGCGACGCGGUCACUCGUCGCGCACAAGAUCGGGCCGGGCCGACGAAAACACGGCGCCGGGGCGGCGUCGACCGCGUCUCGAACGCCACCGAAGAACCACACCGGCACGCGAGCAGCACCGCGGGGUGUGCCGACGCGCGCGAAGCGGGGACAACCGAACCCCGCAACCGAGGCGCGGCCGACGCUCAAGCACGCCGCGGGAACGAACGAAGCGACCUCGAAGGCGACUCCGCGGCACUCGAAGACGGUGGCGUACGCUGAGCACGGAGUCGAGGAGGUGGCGGACUGGGAGCAGGAGAGGAAGCUCGUCGAGGGUUACGGGGAACGGCAUCGUCCGCCGAGCGCUGCGGCGAAGCGGGGCGCCGGGGAGGCGUCGGACGAAGUCGGCGCCUCGAACGCGGCAGCGCAAGAUGCCGCCGCUGAUGCAGCGUAACUGGGGGCCGACGCAGCGAGAGCCGGAGAACAGCGCCGACGCGUGCACAGUGGAGGGCCCACGCCGAUCGUCACGGCGCCCGACACGAAUAUUAUUAGGGGCACCGUGCGACCGUUAUGAGCGCGCGCGGCGGCAGUGGAACGAUUGUUAAUAAAGAUAACUGGCGA